UAAUUCUUCGAAACAGACGUGCUAAACGGUAUACAAUUUUAGCAACAUCGCAUUAUUACACAAUCAAUUCUGUCUAUAUAGACUAGUUUCUGUACGUUAAUAAUGAAUGAGUAAAUACGCUGUUACCUUUAUAUGUACAUUUCAAUGUUACUUUAUGACAUCUCGUGUGAAAUGAAUACAAUUUGAUACUCUCUGAUAUCAAGUAUUAUCCUUAUUUCUAGAUUUAUUUACAGCUUUUGCAUGACCAAUUAUUUAAAUAUGAAAAUAAUGUCUUGUUGUUUAACAGGUUCGCUAUAUGAGGAGACGGUCCUGUUGCGACUUUUACAGAGUUCGCCGGAAGAGAAAUAUUAUGGUGUAUACAGCUGCGGUGAUAAUAGUUAUCUUUCUUGCUUCUACACAAUUUAUACUAAUUUCCAGUCUGACCUCUGUUUUAAAGCAAAGUGACGUUAUCGAACAACUAGAAAUAAAUGUAACACACUUGACAAAUCGAGAAGUGACUGCAAAAAAAGUGCCAUCUUAUAUAAAAACUAAAACUGACCGAAUAUAUUUAUUUUCUGCCAUUAUUGCCCAUAUAGAAAACGAUCACGCAUUAAAACAUAAUCAAACCCAAAAUAUUACUGAAGUAUCUCCAACAGCUAUUGUCACUGGAUGGGAACAUAAAAGCGGAUCCUCUCAUGAUUUUAAAUGUUGCUUCAGACUAAAGAAUGGCACGUUCGUCUCCGUUCUAUCUUGGAAUAAAUCUCAUUGGUUACUUCUAGAAAUCUUUAAUUUACAGGCAAAACAGUUCAAAUGCCCAGUUAACUUUGACAUUAAAGAUCUUUCUUCGAUCACGAUCUUAGCAGAUAGGAAUGAAACUUGUCCAGAGGAAAACGUAUUCUAUGUCACACCUACAAUCAUAAAACAUAUUAAAAGACGUCCUAAAAAUAUAAGAAGUCGGAAUGUUGGUGUAUGUGUAAAACUUACAUAUGGAUCUUUAGAUGCUCAACGGCUGAUAGAAUGGUUUGAGAUCCAUAAAUUGUUUGGUGUUGACAAGGUUAUAGCAUAUACCUACCAAUUGAAUUCAAAAGCAGCAAAGGUUCUAAAAUUUUAUGAAAGAAGUGGAAUGGCUCAGGUUUAUGACUUCGACUUUCCCGAGAAAGAUAUCAUUAAACGCAACAUUGGUGAUGAGAACGAUCAAUACUGGAAUGAUGAACAAGUGGUGUUAUUUGACUGCCAGGAACGACUUAGAAAUUAUGAUUAUGUUGCAGUCGUCGAUACAGAUGAGUUCUUACUACCGAGAACGAAACAUUUCAAAAAUGCUUGGAAAAUAUACUUAGAAAAUAAGUUUAGGAAAGAUAAUGUUGGAGCGUUGUUCUUUUCCGUUAGAAUCCAUGCAUAUACGUGGGGACCGUCAAACAAAAGCCAUCCGCUUCAUAUCGGACGAUAUAGCAACUGUACAUUUCCAAUGUAUGACAGAACUAAGGGUGUAUAUAUGCCAUCUCGAAUACGACAAGGAAGUGUGUGGACUCAUGGAGCUUAUCCGUUACAGGGUUUUACGAGUUACGUGGCGAACAUGGGAGAAGCCGUUAUACAUCAUUAUAGACACUGUAGAAAGGAAUGGUUGAAGACAAGUUCCACACGUUUUCGCCUUUCAGAAAUGUAUCUGUUUCAUAUGAAAAACAUGACUAAAUGCACCGAUUUUCGUCGGUCCCAUUCCGAUGUUAUUGGUCAACUGGCUGACACUAUCAAAAAUGACGUAUUUAGAAGACUAGAAGAAAUAGAACUGUGA